UGGUUGGUCGGGCGGCGCCGAGAUUCUGCGUCACCACCUGGGCGGGGCCGUUCUGCCGCUGACGACAUCAACCCGGCACCUGCCAACAUGGAAGGUGGCGACGGCAGCGUCGUUGUGGCUGGCCUCGGGGCUCGAGGUUCUGGAGCCGCUGCAGCGACAGUCCGGGAACUUCUGCAGGACGAGUGUUAUAGUGACUUUUUAAACGAAGACUUUGAUGUAAAGACUUACACUUCUCAAUCUAUUCAUCAAGCUGUAAUUGCUGAACAACUAGCAAAACUUGCCCAAGGAAUCAGUCAGUUGGACAAAGAACUACACUUACAGGUUGUUGCAAGACAUGAAGAUUUACUGGCACAAGCAACUGGGAUUGAGUCGUUGGAAGGUGUUCUUCAGAUGAUGCAGACGAGAAUUGGGGCUUUACAGGGAGCUGUUGAUAGGAUAAAAGCAAAAAUUGUUGAACCAUACAAUAAGAUAGUUGCCCGUACUGCACAACUAGCAAGACUUCAGGUUGCCUGUGAUUUGCUUCGGAGAAUUAUUCGUAUCUUGAAUCUCAGUAAGAGACUCCAAGGACAACUGCAGGGGGGAAGUAGAGAGAUAACAAAAGCUGCUCAGAGUCUCAAUGAACUUGAUUAUCUUUCUCAAGGAAUAGAUCUUUCUGGAAUAGAAGUGAUAGAAAAUGACCUACUUUUUAUUGCAAGAGCCCGACUUGAAGUGGAAAAUCAAGCUAAGCGCCUACUAGAGCAGGGUUUGGAGACUCAGAAUCCAACUCAAGUCGGAACAGCUCUUCAGGUUUUCUAUAAUCUUGGAACUCUGAAGGAUACUAUUACCAGUGUUGUGGAUGGAUAUUGUGCUACUUUAGAAGAAAAUAUCAACAGUGCAUUAGACAUAAAAGUUUUGACUCAGCCUUCCCAGUCAGCUGUGAGAGGGGGACCUGGACGAUCUACCAUGCCAACCCCAGGAAAUACUGCAGCUUUGCGUGCUUCACUCUGGACCAAUAUGGAGAAACUUAUGGAUCAUAUUUAUGCUGUUUGUAGACAGGUACAACAUUUACAAAAAGUAUUGGCCAAGAAGAGAGAUCCUGUUUCUCAUAUUUGUUUCAUUGAAGAAAUAGUUAAGGUAUGUUUAAAUGAACACAUUUUUAUAUCUUUCUUGUACAAAACAGGAAUAUAUGAGUCAGCAUCAUUUGUGUUACUACCUUACAGAGUGGCUACAUAUGAAAUGGCAAUAGAUAAGUGUUUCUUGUUUUGCUUGGCAGCUUCUAUGUUUUUGAAGCAGGCAUUUGAAGGAGAAUACCCCAAAUUAUUACGUCUUUAUAAUGACUUAUGGAAGCGUCUUCAACAAUACAGUCAGAAUAUCCAAGGAAAUUUUAAUGCAAGUGGAACUACAGACCUCUAUGUUGACCUACAACACAUGGAAGAUGAUGCACAAGAUAUAUUCAUACCAAAAAUGCCAGAUUAUGAUCCAGAAAAGGCUUUGAAAGACUCACUACAACCCUAUGAGGCUGCUUAUCUAUCAAAAUCCUUAUCUCGACUCUUCGAUCCUAUCAACUUGGUUUUUCCCCCGGGUGGUCGUAAUCCUCCUUCCUCUGAUGAACUUGAUGGUAUUAUUAAAACUAUAGCAAGUGAACUAAAUGUUGCUGCUGUUGAUACAAACCUCACAUUAGCUGUGUCAAAAAAUGUGGCAAAGACCAUCCAGUUAUACAGUGUAAAGUCAGAGCAGCUUCUCUCCACACAAGGAGAUGCAAGUCAGGUGAUUGGGCCUCUUACUGAAGGACAGAGAAGAAAUGUGGCAGUAGUGAAUUCAUUGUAUAAGUUGCACCAAUCAGUAACAAAGGUUGUUUCCAGUCAGAGCUCAUUCCCACCGGCAGCUGAGCAAACUAUAAUUUCAGCUCUAAAGGCUAUUCAUACUCUUAUGGAAAAUGCUGUGCAACCCUUACUCACUUCUGUGGGAGAUGCUAUAGAGGCCAUAAUCAUCACCAUGCAUCAAGAAGACUUUUCUGGGUCAUUAUCCAGCUCAGGAAAACCUGAUGUUCCUUGUUCUCUGUACAUGAAGGAGCUACAAGGCUUCAUUGCCAGAGUUAUGAGUGACUACUUUAAACACUUCGAAUGCUUGGAUUUUGUCUUUGACAACACCGAGGCUAUUGCCCAAAGAGCAAUUGAACUUUUUAUCCGCCAUGCCAGUCUCAUAAGACCUCUUGGUGAAGGUGGGAAAAUGCGACUUGCUGCUGAUUUUGCACAGAUGGAGUUGGCUGUGGGUCCAUUCUGUAGACGAGUAUCUGAUUUAGGAAAGUCCUAUCGAAUGCUGAGAUCAUUCAGACCUCUGCUCUUCCAGGCAAGUGAACAUGUAGCCAAUAGUCCUGCACUGGGGGAUGUGAUUCCGUUCAGCAUCAUUAUUCAGUUUUUGUUCACGAGAGCACCCACUGAGCUGAAAUCUCCUUUCCAGAGGGCAGAGUGGUCCCAUGCACGCUUCUCUCAGUGGCUGGAUGACCAUCCAUCUGAAAAGGACAGGCUCCUCCUCAUCAGGGGAGCCCUGGAAGCUUACGUUCAAUCAGUGAGAAGUAGAGAAGGCAAAGAAUUUGCGCCAGUUUAUCCCAUAAUGGUUCAGCUGCUUCAGAAGGCUAUGUCUGCUCUUCAGUAACAAUAUGAAAGCUUUGUUGAUCUCCACUUUGUGCUAACCCAUUCAUAGUUGGCAGUUAACACAUACUCCAAAAGACAGCUACUAUCUACUAUUUUAAGAAUGUAAUUGAUUGUUCUGUAUUUCCUAUCAACCUUUAUUUACCUCUUUAGCACUUAUACUUUAGCAUAAAAAUGUCGAGUCAUCACCUUUUAAUUCCAUGGACCUGAUUUUUCCAGAAAGAUGUUUUCCUCUUUCAGAUUUUUGUACAAGGCUAAAAUUUCUUUUCCAUCCAUAACCGAGUCCUCCUAUGGGUACAUAAACCCAAAGUCCCCACUUCUUUUAAAAGGAUAUGAACACGUUAUAUAAUGCGUACGCUGCUUCCCCCAACCCUGCCUUCUUCAUUAAAUAAGCAUGUAGCUCAGUGGUUUCCAAAUUUGGCUGCACAUUCAUAUCACCAGAGGAGUUUUUAAAAAUCCUGAUGCCCAACUUGCACUCUAAUUAAUUAACAUGUCUGGGAGUGGGAGCCUGACACCAGUAUUUAAAAAAAAAAAAAAAAA